AUGUUCGGCUUGACGAGGCUACCCCCGAGCUCGCGGCAGCGCAGCACGCUCUGCGUGCCGGGGCGGGUGCUCGGCCCAGGGGGAAUCACUGCAUGGCUCCCCGCGGCCUUCGACGAGGCGCUGUCGCCGGUCGUCCUCUUCUCGGACGCGCUGGACCGCCCGUGCGACGUGCCCCUGAGGGUGUGGACGAUCGUCCUCGCGGCGCUGCACGGCUACGGCGCCAACGCCAUCUGCACGCCGUGCCUGUCCCUGCACCAGCUGCUGGCCCGCCUGUUCUGCUGCUGGUGGCAGUUCGAGGCGAGCCGCACCCUGAGCGUACGGACCCCACGAGGCGUCGUGCAGAUCCGGCACGUCCCGCGGCCGAAGCGCGUGGUGUAUUUUGAUAUCGCGCUGCUCACCAUAUAUGUCGUGUGGUGCUUACUUGGUUUCGCGUGGGUCAGGGGUGGCAGCGGACCAGAGGGCUCCUCCGACAAGACUCCAGGCGCCCCGUGCUCGAGCACGGCGCCCGAGCUCUUCUACAGCUCCGCGCUCACCGUGACGGGGCUCCUCGGCCUCGUCGUCUCCUGGCUCCUGUGCAACGUCGGCGCCCUCGCCGUGCGGCGCGGCCUGGUCCAGUCGGGUUUCAACGUCUUCCAGGCGUCGCCGGGCGACGCCCUGGAGAGGCAGACGGCCGUUCCGUACGACCCCGCAGUGUUCGAGGCGGAGGACGCGCCGCUGGAGUGCCACAUCUGCCUCGAGGAGUUCGGGGCCUCCAGGGAGAUCAGCCCCGCGACGCGGGCCGGCCGACUUCCACCACGAGUGCCUCGGGCGCUGGUUCGAGACGGCCCUCGCGUGCCCCGUGUGCCGCCGCGACCUCUCUGGGGUGCCCGUGCCCCGCGUCGACCAGCCCGCCACCGACGCGCUCGGGCGGCCGGCCGAG